CACGUGCAGGGCGUGAGGCAAAAGGGUUCGAGCGGAGGAACACACACACUCCAGACAAACACACACACUCCAGCCGUUGCUCACGGUGAUCGUUUCGCUGCUGCUACCGCCGCGGAACCAUGAAGGCCGCUCGCAUCGCGAUUCGCAGCGCGGCCCCCUUGGCCGCCACGCGCGGGGAGCGGGCGCCCCGAGAGGUGGAACAUUUUGCCAGCUACUCUCCGUCGCCGCUGUCCAUCAAGCAGUUCCUGGAUUUCGGGUCAACUAAUGCAUGUGAGAAAACAUCUUUUUCUUUUCUUCGGCAUGAACUUCCUGUGAGGCUAGCAAAUAUCCUAAAAGAAAUCGACUUCCUCCCAGGCCCAUUGUUGAGCACUCCUUCAGUACAGUUGGUAAAAAGUUGGUAUGUUGAAAGCCUAAUGGAGCUAGUGGAGUUCCGUGACAAAAAAUCAGAUGACCACAAAGUUCUAUCAAAUUUCAUAGAUGCCAUUCUCAAAGUCCGAAAUCGGCACCAUGAUGUAGUGCCCACAAUGGCACAAGGGGUUCUAGAAUACAGAGAUUCUUCCAAGAUGGACCCAUUCAUCAAUCAAAACAUCCAAUACUUCUUGGAUCGCUUUUACAUGAACCGGAUAUCUAUUCGAAUGUUAAUAAACCAGCACACGCUUAUUUUUGAUAACAAUAACAAUGUGGGUAAUCCAAAGCACAUUGGAUGCAUUGACCCUUGCUGCGACGUUGUGGAUUUGGUGCAUGAUGCUUUCCAGAGUGCCCAGAUGCUUUGUGACCAAUACUAUUUCGCUUCUCCAGACUUAAAGCUUACUCAAGUGAAUGGAAAGGCAGCUGGACAGCCUAUCCACAUAGUUUAUGUGCCAUCCCACCUCUUUCACAUGCUGUUUGAACUCUUCAAGAAUGCAAUGAGAGCAACAGUUGAACAUCAGGAAAACAAACCUUCCCUUGAUCCAGUUGAGGUGACCGUUGUCCUUGGAACAGAAGACCUGUCAAUUAAGAUAUCUGAUAGAGGGGGUGGUGUUCCAGUGAGGAAAAUAGAAAGCCUCUUCAGCUACACAUAUUCUACAGCACCAAAGCCCGUGAUGGAAAAGAAUUCUGCUCCUCUGGCUGGUUUUGGUUAUGGCUUACCCAUUUCUCGCCUGUAUGCUAAAUACUUCCAUGGGGACCUCCAUCUGUGUUCCAUCUCUGGUUAUGGAACAGAUGCUCUCAUCUACUUAAAGGCCCUUUCCACAGACUCUGUAGAGAAACUUCCUGUUUUCAACAAGUCUGUUUCUAAGCAUUAUCAAACCACUAUAGAAGCAGAUGAUUGGUGUGUUCCAAGUAAAGAACCAAAGAAUGUGUCAAGGCAGACUGCAGCUGCAUGAAAUCUGCAUUUCUCCAGAACACUGAAAGUGGAUCAAACCAAUGUUUCAGAUAGGACUAAUGAAAUGAAUAACUAGAAGUCACUUCUCUUCUAUACCAGGAUUUAGCAAGAGAAGAAAUUAUAUGGAACACACGAUUGCAGCAUAGACUGCGUGUACUGUAUUUGUACUGCAGCAUGUCUAAUGCAAACUGAUAUGGUAGGAGAAUCAAAAUGCAUAGAAAGAUGUGCACAUCAUUUCUUAGCUUUUUGAAAUUUUAAUUAGCACUCCUAAGUACUAAUGUUUUCAGACUUCUGAGGUGGGGCUUGAUGAUAUUAAAAAGCCAUUAUGUUGUGGUUGAACUCCAGUACACAUAGAUUUCCCCCUAAUCCAGUCAGUAGGUAUUUCAUCCUAUUACAAAAUUAUGACUUUAAGUAUAUUUGACAUACUCAACCAACAAAGUCUAGUUGAAAGAGCACCAACAACAGGCUACCUUGACUGCAGUUGUUUGGCUUGAUCAAGAGUGCAAUGCUGAAAGUUGCAUAUUUCUAAACUUGCUCCAAAUGGUGAACAUUACUUGAAUUUUUAAAUGUAAAAAUAGCUGUAUUUAUGUAUAGUGUUUUCAUGGCUUUUCUAAUGCUGAGAUUUUGCUCUUCUUGGAGAAGAAUCUUGAAAUUGGUGUCAAGGAAGUGACGGUUAGAUAUUGUGAAGAUAAAAGUUUAUUAGCUGUAUCUUGGUGUACGGCUCACAGCUAAAUACAGUGAGGGAGCAGCAGUACAAAUAGGGUAUUUUAAAGAUACUUAAAUUGCAAGUCAUUGAGCAGGAUAUGAAGCUGUUUGUGAGAGGGGAGAUGAGUUCUCUAAAUGGUACUGUUACUACACCCAACUAUGUUUUCAGGGUGUAAAUUUGAAUCAUGUAUGUUAAUUUGGGGGCCACCUGCCACAGCUCAAUUUGAAAAAAUGUGACUUUCAAUGCUGCAAAUGUUAAGAUUACUCUAGAGACAUUUGCAGGGAUGUGAUGAUAAAACAGGUUGCGGAAGAUACUGUGCCUGUAUCGAAAAUGCCUAAGGAACAGCUAGAAAUACUAGUUCUUUAUGUAACUGCAAAGAACGAGGGUUGCAGAGUGUCUCUAUUUGUGAAGAGAUCAUCGGGAGAAUAUUCCAUUCCAAAUUGUGCUGCUAAAAGGCAGAAAAUUUGAUCAGGGCCCAGCUAGUGACAAUCCAGGCCAGUCUUCUUUCUUUUUUAUAAAGCAGUAAUGUGCUAAAGAGCUAAAGCUACUUUAAAAUAAACAAUUCCUUCCAGUUUUGACUACAGCAGUCCAACACGGCUACCUACCUGUACCUAUGUUUAAAAUGAUUGCUAUCUGUGGAGAUUUAGUGUCUGCUCAGUUGUGGACAGCAAUGAAGCUCCCACAUUUGCUGAUGUCCAUUUUUGCUGCGGACAUUGGGUUCAGUUGAAUUGGUAAUCCCAGCCAUGUGAGGCUAUUAUGUGCAGUUGGUACUCUGUACCAACAAAAGGCUUAACAGCUAACAUUGCCUGGAGUAUUGGAUGUUUUUGUUCCUUCCUGUUGUCAUUGUAGUUCAGUUUUGGGAAAUGAUGAAGAUUUUUUGUCUUGUGCAGUGCCUAUUUGUAUACUCUUGAUUGUGAGGAAACAAAUGUGUAGGUGACAUGCUAAUUGCAAGUGCAUACUUGGGAUGAAGAACUACAGUACUAAGGGGUGAGGUCUUAAUGCUGUGCAUUAAGUUAGUGUUAUGGUGUUAUCACAGUGGCAGCAUUAGAUAACAAGAUGAAUGCCAUUCAAAUAUAAUCUGCAUGUGUUCACCCAUAAUGUUUGGAUAACUGUGAUAGAAUUUGUGCCUUUCAUACAGUCCAUACAAUCUGCUAAAGAUGAGUUGUUUUACUGUUUUAAUGACCUAUACUGUCAGUCUAUGCCGUUUUUCUGAAAAGAACCAAAGGUGCCAUCUUUCCUCUGUCACAGACUAUAUUUAUCAUGCUAAAUCAGGCAUCCCCAAACUUCGGCCCUCCAGAUGUUUUGGACUACAAUCCCCAUCAUCCUUGACCACUGGCCCUGUUAGCUAGGGAUCAUGGGAGUUGUAGGCCAAAACAUCUGGAGGGCCGCAGUUUGGGGAUGCCUGCGCUAAAUGGAUAUGAGAAUUCCUUUUGCUGAAUUAUAUGGCUGCAGUAAAGGCAAGCCUAAGUAUGCCAUUGACUUUGAGCAAAAUAAGCUUUUGGUGCUGCUUUAUGCUCAGUAAACAGUGAAAAAUGCAGUGAAAAAAACCCAUAAUUUUUGAAGACUGAAUUAUUUCUUCCACAAUGUGCCUUUGAGUUCAGGUGUACUCAAUAUGUAUUAUAAGAUUUUUAAAUAAAAUUGUGUUUUUUAAA